CAAUUUCAUUUGCGACUAAAACUCGCCUUAUUACAGCACAAUGGAAGCUUCUGCUGGCUUCCACCUGUUUUUGCCUUUGCAGUCGUCACUCUCUGUUUGCCUGUUGCUACCGCCUCUGCUUCAUCAUGCUAGUGCCAGCCUGGAGCCCCACCAUCGAGCACGGCUGAGCUAAGCUACGUUUACCCCUGCAACAUCAUUGUUCCGACCCGAUUUAGGGCAUCCGGUGAUAUCAUUGGCCCACAGCUGUGGCGGUCGGCCAGUGAAUCGCUGUCAACAGUUCCGAUGAGAGGGAAGGUGCCCUGUGGCCUUUGAGAACAGCUCGAACCUUACCUCCGACCUGACCUCUGCUUUAACUCCUGCAUCUCUCAACCUUCGAUACAAACUUUGUCUCUACAUUUCCCCACGAAUUAUCCUCCUCUGCAAUAUCUAUUUAAACCCACAUUACACACGAAAGAGCCAGCACUUGGCUUUUUUACCUUGCAACACUCACAACUCCCCCUCCUUUCGUCAUCACCGAGCCAGCAUCAGCUUCGCCUGAAGCAUCCAGAUAACCAUCAUGGCUCCCCAGCCUGACGAGCACCACCCUCAUAAGAAGGUCAACUUGACCGACCCUUCCGGCGCCGAGGUCAAGAACGUUAGUUACAUCCCAUCUGAUGAGAUCCCCCAACCUGCCGCUAACCGCUGUGCAGGAAGAUGAUGUCGCGACCGCGAUUCUGAAGAAGAAGAAGAAGCCCAAUCAGUUGAUGGUCACCGAUGCCGUCAACGAUGACAACAGCAUUAUCGCCCUUUCCGAGGCCACUAUGGAUCAGCUCCAGCUUUUCCGAGGUGAUACCGUUCUGGUUCGAGGCAAGAAGAGAAAGGACACCGUCCUCAUUGUUCUUGCUGACGAGGAACUCGAUGAUGGCAGCGCUCGUAUCAACCGAGUCGUUCGCCACAAUUUGAGAGUCAAGCACGGUGAUAUGAUCACCAUCCACCCUUGCCCGGAUAUCAAAUACGCCAAGCGAAUUGCUGUUCUCCCCAUCGCUGAUACCGUCGAGGGUAUCACCGGUUCCCUGUUCGACGUUUUCCUCGCUCCCUACUUCCGAGAAGCUUACCGACCUGUUCGCCAAGGAGACUUGUUUAUCGUUCGCGGUGGUAUGAGACAAGUAGAAUUCAAGGUUGUCGAGGUCGAUCCUCCCGAGUAUGGUAUCGUCGCACAAGAUACCGUUAUUCACUGCGAGGGCGAGCCUAUCCAGCGAGACGAGGAAGAGAACAACCUCAACGAGGUUGGCUAUGAUGACAUUGGUGGAUGCCGAAAGCAAAUGGCUCAGAUCCGAGAGAUGGUUGAGCUUCCUCUCCGACAUCCCCAGCUUUUCAAGUCUAUUGGUAUCAAGCCUCCCCGAGGUGUUCUGCUCUACGGCCCCCCCGGUACCGGUAAGACUCUAAUGGCUCGAGCUGUUGCCAACGAGACUGGCGCUUUCUUCUUCCUCAUCAACGGUCCUGAGAUCAUGUCCAAGAUGGCUGGUGAAUCCGAAUCAAAUCUCCGAAAGGCUUUCGAGGAAGCUGAGAAGAACUCACCUGCCAUCAUCUUCAUCGAUGAAAUUGAUUCUAUCGCCCCCAAGCGUGAGAAGACCAAUGGUGAGGUCGAGCGACGAGUCGUCUCUCAGCUCCUUACCCUCAUGGACGGUAUGAAGGCCCGCUCCAACGUCGUCGUGAUGGCUGCUACCAACCGUCCCAACUCUAUCGAUCCCGCCCUUCGACGAUUCGGCCGUUUCGAUCGUGAGGUCGACAUUGGUAUCCCUGACCCCACUGGCCGUCUUGAGAUCCUUCAGAUCCACACCAAGAAUAUGAAGCUCGGCGAUGACGUCGACCUGGAGCAGAUUGCCUCCGAGACACACGGUUACGUCGGUUCCGAUGUUGCUGCCCUCUGCUCUGAGGCCGCUAUGCAGCAGAUCCGUGAGAAGAUGGAUCUCAUCGAUCUCGACGAGGACACAAUUGAUGCCGAGGUUCUCGACUCUCUCGGCGUCACCAUGGAAAACUUCCGUUUCGCCCUUGGUGUGUCCAAUCCCUCGGCUCUUCGCGAGGUCGCCGUCGUCGAGGUUCCCAAUGUUCGCUGGGAGGACAUUGGUGGUCUCGAGGAGGUCAAGCAGGAUCUCAAGGAGAACGUUCAGUACCCUGUCGAUCACCCCGAGAAGUACCUCAAGUUCGGUAUGUCUCCUUCUCGAGGUGUACUGUUCUUUGGUCCUCCUGGUACUGGUAAAACUAUGUUGGCCAAGGCCGUUGCCAACGAGUGUGCCGCCAACUUCAUCUCUGUCAAGGGACCUGAGCUUCUCAGCAUGUGGUUUGGUGAGUCUGAGAGCAACAUCCGAGACAUCUUCGACAAGGCCCGUGCUGCCGCCCCUUGCGUUGUCUUCCUUGACGAACUUGACUCCAUUGCUAAGGCUCGCGGUGGAUCCAUGGGUGAUGCUGGCGGUGCCUCUGACCGUGUCGUCAACCAGCUCCUGACUGAGAUGGAUGGUAUGACUUCAAAGAAGAACGUUUUCGUCAUUGGCGCCACCAACCGACCCGAGCAGCUCGACCCUGCUCUGUGCCGACCUGGUCGUCUCGAUUCGCUCAUCUACGUACCUCUGCCCGAUGAGCCUGGUCGUCUCAGCAUUAUCAAAGCGCAGCUCCGCAAGACCCCCAUCGCCUCCGACAUCGAUUUCGGCUACAUCGCCUCCAAGACCCACGGUUUCUCUGGUGCUGAUAUCGGUUUUAUCACACAGCGUGCUGUCAAGAUCGCCAUCAAGGAGUCUAUUGCUGCCGAUAUCGAGCGCCAAAAGGCUCGCGAGGCUGCUGGUGACGAGAUGGACACAGACGAGGAUGCUGAGGACCCCGUGCCCGAGUUGACCAAGGCCCACUUCGAGGAGGCCAUGCAGAUGGCUCGCCGGUCAGUAUCUGACGUUGAGAUUCGCCGGUACGAGGCUUUUGCCCAACAGAUGAAGAACGCUGGUCCUGGUGCCUUCUUCAAGUUCCCCGAGGCCGGUGCCGAGGCUGCUGGUGCUGACGGUGGUAACUCAUUUGGCGAUGCUGGCAAUGAUGAUGAUCUCUACGACUAAGGACGGCAACGACUGGAUGGACAUGAGUCCUUUGUAUUCUAAUAAUUUCACUCGCACAUCUCUACAUUGGCUCGUAGGCUGCUAGUGAGCAAUCUACUCACGCAUUCUAUGCGGCUGAUAUUCGAAUGGGAGUUGGUAGAAUGGUAGAGGAAAGAAGAACGGCAACCUGAUCCUGGCAUUUCUGAUGAGCCAGAAGGGUAUGAAAGUAGUCUCAGUGUGGCUCGAGACGGAUUUGCGUUUGAUAGAUGAUGAAAUUGAUUCCCUUAGCUUUAUGUCGAGUCUAAGAGUGAUUGUUUCCUGUGUGCUAAAUUGAUUAUACUAUGUUAACAGACGUCAUAAAUCUUUGUCGAGACAGCCG